UUACCUCACAGCUCCGUAAGCCUGCUCUGCUCCACACAACUGCGCAAUGGUCUGAGACACACUAUCAUCACACAGCGACACACACACACACACACACACACCCCUCUCCUGGAGCUCCUGCAGAACCAGAGGAGGAGAAAAGAGGGUGGAAGAAUUUGGCCUCAAGUCCUGCAGCCGCCUUCAAACUGUUGGGAUGAGGUGGUGGCUGGUGGUGGCCAGUUUGUGGCUGCUAGUGGUCCUGACCGUCUCGGACGACCAGGCCAAGAUCAGACAUCGCAACCAGGAUGGUGAGAUCCGCCGGGGGAAGAGGAAGAGGGACGGACAGGGUCCUGGGAGGGCCAGAGCGGGGCACUCUAGACCUCCAAAGAUCAGACUGGUUCCUGGUCCCGGCAUCCCAGUGGUGCCCGGAGAAAACACUCUUUUCAUGGAGUCCUACAAGAACCUACAAGAACAGCACUCCAGCUACAACGUUAUCCCAGGUAAGCAGGGCCAGUGUGUGUACCGGGGUCUGACCAUGUUCAACCAGGCUGUCUGGUCUCCUAAGCCCUGUGUGACUUGUCUGUGUACCGGAGGGCGAGUGGUUUGUGACGAGAUCACCUGUCCCGUAGUACACUGCCAUUUCCCCUUCACCCCUGCUGGGGAGUGCUGCCCCGUCUGCAUGGAGUCAGACCCUGACCUCAGCCUUGACCUUUCUGGUGACUCCCCAGUUGGCAACGACCCCGGCGAGCCCGUGAGCCCGCUGACCCAGGAGGAGAUCCAGCGAAUCCUCUGGCGGGAGGAAGAGGAGCACCGCGAAGAGGAGGAGCGCCUGAGGAAGAAGGAUGAGGCCAGGAAGAAGAGGAGGAAGCAAAGGAAGGAGCAGGCAGAAAAACAAAGGAAGAUAGUGGAGGAGAGGAGGAGGGAGGAGGAGGAGGCACUAAGGCGACAGGUGGAGAAAGAGGAGGAGGAGUGGAGGAGGGUUAUGGAGGAGGAGAGGAGGCGGCAGGUGGAGAAAAUGAGACAAGAGGAGGAAGACAGGAAGCGCAAAGAGGCAGCGGAGAGAGAAGCAAGGGAGAAGGAAAGGAAGCUAGAGGAGGAAAGGUGGAGGCAGGAGGAGAUGCUGAGGAAAGAACUACUGGCUCUGGUGGAGGAGGAGGAGGAAGAGGAGCAGCAGGAGGAAGUAGAGGAGGCGUGGCUGAGAGGAGAUGUGUUUGAGAUGCCCCCAAAAGGACCUGAGGAACCUGAGAAACCAGACCUCUUCCCUGCUCCCAUUCCAAGACCUCCUGCUGCCACAGAGGAUGAGCUGAAGGAGAUGGUAGCAGAGGUGGAGGAGGAAGGGGAGGAGAGGGAGGUGCUGGUAGUAAACAGAGGAGGCCUCCCUCCAGGCUGCUACAUCUCUGAUGUCACUCUGACAUGCGAGAACGCCAAACUCAUCUACUUCCCUCCUCUGGCCAUACCGGAGCUCAGGUCUCUCAGUCUGGAGGACAACAACAUCAGCAGCAUCCCAGAAGAAGCCUUCAAUGGCAUCCCUAACCUUGAAUGGAUCAAUCUGAAGAAAAACAAACUCACAUCUGCCGGCAUUGAUGCUAAAGCCUUCAAAGGUCUGAAGAUGCUAAGGCGCCUGUACUUGGAUGGGAAUCUUUUAGAAGCCGUGCCCGCUAACCUUCCACCUACCCUGCAGGAGCUGAAGAUCAGCGAGAACAGACUGAGAGGAAUCAAUAAACACAGCUUCCAAGAUCUGAGCAGCCUGGUGAUUUUGGAGUUGGAGGGAAAUCUGCUGAGUGAGGGGAAUGUAGAUCCUCUGUCCUUCACGCCCCUCAAACAGCUCUCCUACCUCCGACUGGGCAGAAACCACUUUCGCACCAUACCACAAGGCCUUCCCAUUUCAUUGCUGGAGCUGUACUUGGAGAACAACCUGAUUGAGGAAAUCUCAGAGACAGUUUUCAAUCAGACCCACAGUCUGAACGUGGUCUCUCUGAGACACAACAGGCUGGAGGAGAACAGGAUCGCCCCGCUGGCCUGGAUCAACCACAGAAAUCUGGAGUCCAUCGACCUUUCACAUAAUCACCUUUACCUAGUUCCAUCAUACCUGCCCAGAUCUCUGGUCCACUUAGUGCUGGUGGGAAACAACAUAGAGAGGAUACCUGGUUUUGUCUUCGCCCACAUGGACCCUGGUUUAGAGUAUCUCUACCUCUCUUACAACAAACUGGAUGGAGAGGCAAUCGAGCCCGAGUCGUUCUUUGGCUCGUACCAAUCCAUGGUGGAACUGUGUCUGGAUCACAACCAGCUGGUCUCUGUCCCAUCUGGCAUCAACGAGAUGACCAACUUACACUUCCUCAGACUCAACAAUAACAUGAUCAGGAGUAUCUCUGACGAAGGCAUCUGUGACCCAAACCACAGUGGGGACACCACCCUGGUGGCCCUGAGGCUGGAAAACAACUACAUCGACCCCCAGAAGAUCUCACCGACAGCCUUCUCCUGUGUGCGCUCCUCCUCCAGUGUGGUCCUUAAACCCCAGAAAACCAAGUGACCAACCAAAACCAAAAACUAAAAAGACACUUGUUUAAACCCCCAGAAACACAGGGGCAAAAAUAUUUAGAUUUUUUUUUUUAUGUGCCAAGAGAAAUCAAAACAUAAGAUAUUUCCCCUCCCCAACUUCCUCUGAUGCUCUAUGCUGCAUAAAAACAAGAUUUUCUUCUUCUUCGAACCUUUUAGGUCUGGCAAGUUGUUUUGCACUGUCGCCUGGCCAACCUUAGCCUGGUGUGAAGUUGACAGAACACCUUCAGACUUCAAAUCAAACACAUCUGUCUCCUUUAGUAAAAUGUUAAACUCUCUAAAAUGGAAAGAACUCCUGCACCAUACACAGUAAAAUGAAAAUGCUAAUAAAGAAAUGGAAAGAA